UCAGAGUAGGUAUGGGGCCCCCAGGUGCAGCCUGCGACCGGGUGCUUCUCACCUCUGAUGCCCCACUAGAUGUCACUCUAGUAACUACUUACUUAUAAAAAAAAGGCGAUAAGAGGAAGGGUAACGGAGUUGUUACAGAGAGUGCUGUGCAUGUGAGUUACUAGUUUAAUAAGUUAUUAAAUGUUCCUGAGAAGAAUCCACUGCUCUGUUUCUUGACGACAUAACAACGCCUAUUGUUUUCUCACUACAAAGCUUCCAGUCUUGCGAGAACUAAAAGGCAAAAGACAAAUCCUUGGACUGGUUUUUCACUCUUUGUCUCAGUUUAUAACAUCUGUCGGACGCAGCUGCAGCGAGUCUUCUUGAGGAGAGAGAAAUUGAUCUUCAGUGAAGCUCCUCCCACAACAAUCAAAUCAACAGUGAAGCUCCUCCCACAACAAUCACAUCAUCAGUGAAGCUCCUCCCACAAACCCUGCAGAAUGAAACAAACUGAAGAACACACAGAACUAAUUGAAGAAAAAGAGGAGAGUGAAGAAUCAAGUGAAGUUGAGGAGAAAAAUCAUGCCAAAACUGGAGAAAAACCUUUGAGUUGCUCUCAAACCAAACUGAAAGAUUUAAAGAAAAGAAAAGUCAAAAAAUCUUUCACCUGCACUCAGUGUGGAAAGAGUUUAACACGCAAAUACGGUCUUGAUAUUCACAUGAGAGUUCACACUGGAGAGAGACCAUACACGUGUUCACACUGUGACAAGAGAUUCGUUCUUUCAGGACACCUGAAAGCACAUGAGAUGAUCCACACUGGAGAGAAACCAUACACAUGUGAUCAGUGCGGGAAGAGUUUCUCGAGAAAAGAACGCCUUGCAGAGCACAUGAGAGUUCAUACAGGAGAGAAACCAUUCUCUUGUGAUCAAUGUGGGAAGAGUUUUGCAAAAUCAGAAAAACUUAAGUAUCACAUGAAUAUCCACACUGGAGAGAAACCGUACAAGUGUUCACACUGCGAUAAGAGAUUCAGGCUGUCAGAAAUCCUGAAAGCACAUGAGAGGAUCCACAACAGAGAGAAACCAUACAAAUGUAAACAGUGCGGGAAGCGUUUCAGACAAAAAGGAGGCUUGACGUCACAUACGAGUAUUCACACUGGAGAGAAGCCGCACUGGUGUGAUCAGUGUGGAAAGUGUUUCUCACAAUCAACAAAACUUAAGAAACACAUGAACAUCCACACUAGAGAGAAGCUGUACACAUGUGAUCAGUGCGGGCAAACAUUUUUGUGGGCUUCAAGCCUGAAGAAACACCUGAGAGUUCAUACACAAGAGAAGCCACAUUCAUGUGAUUUGUGUGGAAAGAGUUUUUCGCAUUCGCAAACUUUGAAAUUACAUCAGAAACUUCAUACUGGUGUGAGAGAUUAUAUGUGCUUAAGAUGCGAAAAGACUUUUAUUUCAGCGGGCAAUUUAAAAGUGCAUGAGAGGAUUCACACUGGAGAGAAACCGUACAAGUGUUCACACUGUGACAAGAGAUUCAGUCAGUCAACACAUCUGAGAACACACGAGAGGAUCCACACUGGAGAGAAACCGUAUUACUGCACUGCAUGUGGGAAGCGUUUCAAUCAUUUAUCUUCUCUAUACUGUCAUACAAAAAACAAUCACAGUAAGUAGAUCAUCUUCAGAUCUAGCACUUUCAGAUUUGAUGCUGCAAUAAUGCCGCAAGCAAUAAAAUAUCACCUGGAUAAAUCUGUCCUAACCAGACGUUACAAGCAACAGGACAAAGAAACAUGUUUUCAAAGUUAAUAAAGUUCAUCUUCAUCUUCAAAAGCAGCAGAUUCAACUGAGAUUCAGAUCAACUCAAAGAUGGAGUUCCUCCUCAAAGAACAAUGUCAAAAAGUUUUAUUGGUCCCACUUUAUAUUGUGUCCCUAAUACCUGUGUACUUACAUAGUAACUAAAUGUGUACGUAGUAUGUUACCACAGUGUAAGUACAUAUUGAUACAUAGGAUCUACAGCUGUAAUAAUUCUGUAACUACACACAUGUAACAACCUUCAGGAUGGUUUGUGUAAGUACAAAUGUAUAACAGAACAUUAGUAACAACACUUUUUAUUCACUUCAAGUACUCGUGUAACAGGAAUUAUAUAACUACAUUUUGUAUCAACAAUAUGCAUAGGAGUAAUUGGAACCAUUUGAUCCAGGGGGUGGAGAUGGGUAGGUUUAGGGAUAUGUAAAGUGGGAGGAGUUG